AUGGAACUUCCUCCGAUUCCUCCACCGAUCAUUGAAAGCCUAGAAGAAGUCCCGUUACCAUCAUUUGUAAAAGACUUGACACUGCUCAAGCAUCUAUGUAAGGAUGUUAAGUCAUUCACCAGCAUCAGCUUACCGAAUUUCCAAGCAGAGGAUAUUGCCACCGCAGAGUGUAACGUGAAAUCACCGUCGUAUGAAUCGAUUCUCAACUCAAAACAUGCAGUCAUUUGUACAGUGUGCGACUUUUCAACGGCUACAUCAGUUGAAAUGGCUCAACACUACAUCGCGCACCAUGCUGCUCCAGUGGGCUGGGAAACGAAACAGAUUUCUACAGAAAAGUUGAUGCAGUGCACAAAUUACACACAGAAGUAUGUCUGUGCCUCGUGCGGUGUCCGCGUGUUCGAUUCGAUUGAAGACACCAAACGGCACAUGAUAGAUGAUCACGGCCUAAGACGAUGUAUCGAUAAAGAAGGAUCGACAGAAACGAAACAGAUCUCGACACCAAAAUCACAUGGUAGCAGAUCGUUUGGAGUGAUCUCUUCGGGUUCAUCUAGAGCGCGAUCCAAUCCAUCUAUAAAUUCUCGCACUCGCUCGCAUAGCAGUUCGUCUUCUGAAUGGGAGCCGAACAACUCAAAGACCAAGAAAAUGCGGCCUGUACCUAUGCCACUCGAGGUGUACGAUCAAGAGGAAUAUUUGCGAAAGGUUACGCUAAAAUCGCUGAUCGAAACGUACAGGUACGAAAACUCACACCGAUGCUCUCGCAAAGGGUGCCAAUUCAAGUUCGCAUCGUGCGAAAUUCGAGACCAACAUUUGCGCUGCCACGCGGAGAUUGACCCAGCCUCUGUUUCGCUGUUAACAGCUACCGGGGGCACCCGGAAGAGGUUCUGCUUCAAGUGUCUUCAAUGUGACCGGAAGUUUGACUCUUGGAAGCCAUGCUUGGAACACAUGUGGCGCGAACAUCAAACCGAUCUUGGCAUGUUGCGGUGCCCGCUGUGCGAAAAACGUUUUUCCUACGCCGUUGUCGUGUUCAAACACUUGCAAACACACCGAUCGAAAGAAAUGCGAGAUGUGGCGUGCCGCAUGUGCGACAAAAAGUUCGCCAAUAAAUCGCAGCGAUCGGUCCACGAGGCGCUGCACCAGAAAAAGGAAGGCCAACACGAUGAGUUAACAUCGACCGGGGAAAAACCUCGCUGGUACUCGGAACGUCGGUGCAACAUUUGCAAUCACAUGUUUUCCAACUCGAAGAUCCUCUCAAAGCACAUCAAAACGGUGCACCUGAACAUCAAGCCGUUUGUGUGCAACGUUUGUAGCUACAAGUGCGCUCGCAAGGCAACGCUAAACAUACACAUCCGGCAACACUCGGGUUUGAAACCAUUGGCGUGCAAAUUGUGCUCUUUCCGCACGGCAGACCCAAGCACGCUCAGUUACCACGUGCGGCGCCAUCGGCAGAUCAAAUCGUACCAGUGCAAAGUCUGCGGGAUCAAGCUCGUUCAGCCGGGCACGCUGCGGUCUCACAUACAGACGCAGCAUCCGGCGGAGUAUUCUCGUAUGAAGUGCACACUAUGCGACUUUGCCUCGGUUAACCCGCAAAAUCUAGAACGCCACCAAGCCAACCACCAGGCGGGUCUUAUAAAGAUCACCGAUGAAGAUUCUCGUCCGGAUGGAGUCAAUGAGUCGCGGGACAGUCAGCGAAUACACCCAUGUGUCAGCACGAUCGGGCGACAUCCGGAAACUUCGUCCGACUGCUUCUUGCCGCUCGAGAGCGUCGAUUCCGUGGUGCACGAUACAGGUGGCAUAACGAUCCCGGCCGCCGUCGUUACAGUACCAGCUGCCCUAUCGGAAGAAACACAGUUCCCAAUUUAAGCGAAUUUGUACCAAUUUUCUGUCCUUCGCAUAGAUGGAGCUAAUUCAGCCUUAUCUUUUUAAUCGAUAUCGAAUACAUACCAGAAUGCUAGAAUAGUUUAAAGCAAGCCUCGCUGGAUAGGCAAGUA